GUAGAGUUUUCGACCUCAGAUUUCUUGGUGAUUGCCAUGACUCUGUCGCUCGUACUGCGUCGAGUGCCCCGCACCGCCCGCUUCGUGCGCAGCCUCUCCACCGCCGCCAGCUCAUCUUCAGAUGCUUCCUCCACCGCAAACUCUAGCUCGACGACGACGCACUUCGGUUUCCAGCAGGUGCCCGAGGCGGACAAAGAGCGCAUGGUGGCGUCCGUGUUCCACAAUGUAGCCGAGCAGUACGACCCCCCAUACUUGAGACCUGCAUGCGACUCACACAUUUAAUAAAUCGCUGCAAAAUGUUGCCAGAUACGACGUCAUGAACGACUUCAUGAGCGGCGGCAUGCAUCGUCUCUGGAAGGAUGCAUUUGUGGACACCCUCCACCCUGUGGGUCCUUUGAAGUGUCUGGACGUGGCAGGAGGCACCGGUGACAUCGCCUUCCGCAUCGCCGAGCAGCUAUCCAAGUCGUCACGAGGCACUGAAGGCUCCGAGAUCACCGUGUGUGAUAUCAACUCAUCCAUGCUGCAGGUGGGCGAGGAACGUGCAGCCAAAGUGCUUCCCAAUGUGGAUCCAUCACUCUUCCGCUGGGUGGAGGGCAAUGCUGAGCACUUGGACUUCGAGGACAAUUCAUUCGACGUCUACACCAUCGUGUUCGGUAUCCGCAACGUCACUCAUGUGGAUCGCGCUAUCAAGGAGGCUUACCGUGUGCUCAAGCCCGGAGGCCGCUUCAUGUGCAUGGAGUUCAGUCAAGUGCCCAACCCACUUAUUCGCCAGUUCUACGACGCUUACUCGUUCAACGUGAUCCCGCUGCUGGGUGACAAGGUAGCGAACGACCGUGCGUCGUACCAGUAUUUGGUCGAGAGUAUCCGUCAGUUCCCGCCCCAGGAGAAGUUUAAAACAAUGAUCGAGGACGCCGGAUUCAAGCGCGUGACGUACACCAACUUCACGUUCGGAGUGACUGCCAUGCACUCGGGCUUCAAGUUCUAAGUCUGUUAGAACCCUCACAACUAAAGCAACUCGACGUAGACAAAAAGAUCUGGCCCGAAUCACUUGAGAUCCCGCUCAUCUACGUCGCUGCCCUUAAUCUUGGCCGUAAGAAUUGCACGGUUGUGACGUGAGUAUGAGUUCUGAGGGUCCAGUGUUAGUACUUGGGUGUAAUCUGCGAUGGCUUCUUCGAUACGUUGCAUCUUUGCUAAGGAAUAGGCUCGAUUACUGAGAGUUCUUGUGUUUUGUGGAUCAAUAGUCAGCGCUGUCGUGUAGUCGGCGACGGCUUCUUUAAAGCGACGAAGCUUACGAAGUGCGUAGCCUCGAUUAUUGUACGCAGCGACAUUGCGAGGCUCGAGAGCGAGAGCAGAGCUGUAGUCUUGUACAGCUUCCUCGAAGCGGCCCAUGUUACGAAGGCAGUAGCCGCGGUUGUGAUAAAACACAGCACUGCGUGGAUCCAGCGCCAGUGCCUUCGCAAAAUCCUGCAGAGCUUCUUCGUGCCGUCCAAGCUGGUCGUAACACAGCCCACGACUGUUGUAGCUUGAUACUGAGCGAGGCUGAAGAGCGAUCGCACGAUCAAAGUCGGCGAUAGCUCGACUGGUGUCUUUCAUCUUGUCGUACGUACUUCCUCGGUUGUGAUAAGCGUUGGCGUUCUCUGGUUCGACGCGUAAUGCGGCCGUGUAAUCCUGUACUGCGUCUUCAUAACGACCGAGCUUGUCGUACGAGUACGCUCGAUUGUACAGCGACUUGAAGUGUUCCGGAUUGAACUCAAUCGCUCGUGAGUAGUCUGCUAUAGCCAACUCAAAGUUGCCUUGUUUACGGUGGCAGAAGCCUCGGUUAUGGUAGAAAUCAGCGUUUGUUGGUAGCAGCUCAAUAGCUCGAGUGAAGUCCGCGAGUGCGCCUUGAUAGUCUCCACUGCGAUCAAGAGAGAUCCCUCUGUUGUAGAGUGCGAAAGCAUUGUGUGGAUCCAUUUUCAGAGCCUGCGUGUAGUCCUCCACAGCGGCGUCAAAGCGCCGCAUUUUGUCGUAAACGAAACCUCGAUUGAAGUAAGCCUUGAAGUGUUGAGGGUUUAGCUGAAUCGCCCGUGAAUACUCGUCCGCUGCAGCCUGGAAAUUGCCUUCUUGACGAUACUGAAAGCCUCUCGCGUGGUGAACUUCUGCUUGUUCAAGUGCAGACGAGAUCUUUGUCGUAUCUAGUCCCGUCGCAGUAGUACUUUUCCGUUCACCUGAAGUU